AGUGCUCUAGGAGCAGCGAGCGAGGAUCGCACGCGCGUGUCUAUCUCGGUGCGCGUCCAUCGAUGCAGCUAUGGACAAAAGUACGCAGGAGCUCGGCCCCGCGAGAUUCGCCGAGUUCGGCGACCCUGAUUACGGAUAUGGAGACAGCGUGUCGACGGAUAACGAGAUUCCAGAUGAGCGAGUCGACGACGAGAUCCUGCUAUGGGAUUCCUUCAAGUGCACAGAGCCGGAGCCUCGCUCGGGCUCGAUGGUGGAGAAGCGCUGGUACGAGAUCAUGCUGCGCUUCAUCAAGGCUUUCCUCUACGGUUUUCUACUCCUCGCCAUCCUCAUCGGCAGCCUCGUCUCCAAGGUCACGGCUCUGUUCGCCGCUUCCCAGAUAGCCGGCAAUCCUGUGCCCUACUGCCGAGAUUAUCCCGGCUACAGCAACCGCGAGCAGUACAGGCACGUCUCGAUCCUCCCAACGGAGGCUCGCAUGUCGUGGGUCUGGUGCGUGAUUUUCGCAUUCUCGAUCCCGGAGUGCCUGGACUUUGUCCGCUUCCUCUGGAACUGCUUCUUCGUCGAUUUCAAGUUCCCGAAAGCUCGUCACUUAGCUCUGCUCAGCUGCAUCGAGAUUCUACAGGUAGCCGGAGUCGCUCACCUUUUCAUCGGUGUCUUGCCGAAUUUGGACGUCGUCCAAGCCGCCGCUUCGCUCUCCUGCGUUUGCAUAGUGCCCAGCGUCCUCGGUUUCAUUUCAAAAUUCAAGCGGAAGCAGAGCACGGAAGAGUCUCGUUUCUACUUCUACGGCGACGUUCUAGCGUUUCUCGGACAGAUAGGCGGACUGGCGUCGUUCACCUACAUAGCUUGCCAAAGUCGCAAUUCCUUCGUACCCGCGACACUGCCCGUCGCCUUUUUUCUCGUCUCUCUGCGAUGGUGGAGCAAUUACGUGGCGAGCGACUGUCGAUUCGGCUUCAUCCAAUAUCUCGCCGAAGCAAGAGCCAAUCUGCAGGCGUUUCGACCGGUGUUGAUAGGCUACACGUCGCUGCUACGAAUAACGACGUUUUUGUUGAGCGCCUUGGUGAUCACCUGCUGGCAGGGUGUGGAACCCGAGGUUUUCUUCAAAGGUUUUUGGAUGAACAAUUACACUUACACCAUCAAAUUGGUUAACAAAUCGAACACCUUGGCCGGAUCAGAGGUGCUGAUAGACACGGAACCGGUUAGCGAAAUGUUUGGAGACGGCUAUACGCCGCUUUACGUGCUUUUGAUACAGGCAUUGAGCGGUGUGUUUGUUUACAAUUGCGCCAAGUUCGCUUGCAGGACGAUAAUGCAAGGCUUCGGCUUCGCUUUGCCCUUGAACCUGGCGGUUCCCACGACUGUGGUAUCCGUCUGGGGGCUGUGCACCUUGCGCACUUGGAACGUUUGUGUGUACCACAGCGACGGCGUUUUCCGUUUCCUGGACCACAUGUUCUUCAAUUCUCCGUCGAUGCACGACUACGUGGCCCAGUGGUACGCCUGGAUCUGGCUUAUCUGGUUCUUCUCUCUACUCUGGAUCACUAUGCACGUGUGGAGCACAACAAACGAGAGACUCGCGACCACCGACAGGAUUUUUGCCAUUUGGUCCUAUGAAUCGCUGAUGCUCGAUCAAUCGCUGGCACUCAGUAGGUGGAGAGAUGAGCCAGACGACGAUUACGUGGAGAAGCGAGACGACGCUGAGGAGCCGAUGAAGCUUCCCAAAAACUUCACUUCGGUGAGAAAAGAAGACCACGUUACGAGAAUUUACGCUUGCGCGACCAUGUGGCACGAGACCCCGGAAGAGAUGAGGGACUUCCUUAACAGUAUUCUUCGUAUGGAUCGUGAUCAAUGCAUCACGAGGAUACUUCAGAAACGAUAUCACAUAACGUCACCCGAUUACUACGAGCUCGAAGUCCACAUCUUCUUCGACGACGCUCUGAAGUGCGUUCACGGCUGCAACGGCCGAUGUACCCACGACGAGAACAAGACGCAGGUGAACGACUGGGUGGUGAGCUUCGUCAAGACCGUCGCGGACAUCAUUCGCUCUCGUAAUCUCAAACCUUCUCUACCCAUCAAGUAUCCAACGCCUUAUGGCGGUAGACUUGUUUGGACUUUGCCCGAAAAUACCAAGAUGUACGUGCAUCUCAAAGAUAAGAACAGGAUUCGGACGAGAAAGCGCUGGAGUCAGGUCAUGUACAUGUACUACUUGCUGGGUUAUCGACUGAUGCAGUUGCCAAUCGAAGUAGAGCGAAAGGAGGUAAGAGCCGAAAAUACGUACAUUCUCACGCUCGACGGAGAUAUUGACUUCCGGCCAAGUGCAGUCAAAGUACUCGUCGACAGAAUGAGAGUAAACAAAGACUUGGGCUCGGUUUGCGGAAGGAUUCAUCCCUUAGGCACAGGUCCGCUGGUCUGGUUCCAAAAAUUCGAAUACGCUAUCGGUCACUGGCUGCAGAAGUCAACGGAGCACACGAUCGGCUGCGUACUUUGCAGUCCCGGCUGUUUCGCGCUUUUCCGAGCUAAAGCUCUAAUGGACUACAACGUCAUGAGAAAGUACGCGACGGUACCCAAGGAGGCGCGACACUUUAUCCAGUACGAUCAGGGCGAGGAUAGAUGGCUGUGUACCCUUAUUUUGCAAAUGGGUUACAAGGUUGAAUACUCGGCGGCAAGUGAUGCUUACACGCACGCGCCCGAGUCGUUCAACGAAUUUUUCAUUCAGAGGAGACGCUGGAUUCCAUCGACUGUGGCUAACAUCUUCGACUUGCUGGACACAGCCAAGGAAACGAAAAAGGCCAAUCGAGACAUUUCUUGGGUUUACAUAUUCUAUCAAUGGAUAUUGAUGGGCAGUACAAUUUUGGGACCUGGUACGAUAUUCCUCAUGUUGGUCGGAGCUUUCGUCGCUGCUUUCCAAAUCGGCAAUUGGUCCAGUUUCGGCUACAAUCUCAUUCCAAUUUUCAUCUUCUGCGUGACUUGUUACUUCUGCAAAGAGAAAACCCAGCUGCUGAUGGCCGGCGUAAUCACAGCGAUCUACGGCCUCGUGAUGAUAGUCGUGCUGGUAGGCAUAAUGAUCCAGAUAGCCGAGGACGGUUGGCUGGCCCCGAGUACACUACUCUUCUUCGUCGUCGCUGGCGAGCUGGUGAUCACGGGAUUACUUCAUCCGCUGGAAUGGACUUGUCUGCUUUACGGUGUCAUCUAUUACGUUACCGUGCCUUCCAUGUACAUGCUGCUCAUCAUAUUCUCGCUCUUCAACAUGAACAACAUCAGCUGGGGAACGAGAGAUGUGCCCAAACCGUCGCUCAAUACCGAAGAACAGCAGAAUAAGUCGAUGCUCAAUCCGCCUGCUGUAUCCAACAAACGCGAAAAAGCGCCAGUAGAAUUCUCGCUGGCGGGCUUAUUCAAAUGCAUGCUGUGCGCGCAAGAGCAGCCCCCGGAAAACGAGCCGCAGCUCAAAGAAAUAGGUUCGUCCUUGACGAGAAUCGAAGGACGAUUGGACGAUAUCGAGAGAGUCGUUGACGCUGGACCACGAGCAGCUCGCGAUCACCCAAAUGACGUCAACGAUCCAACAUCCGAAGACGUUCACCCUGUGGGCAAUCCAGUUGCAAACCGUGGCGUAAGCUUCAGCGACGAGCUGGACGAUGUUGCCAGUAUAGCCAGUUCGGAUCUAGGCAGUGGCGAUGACGGUAUGGAUAGCGCCGACGCGAAUUCCUUGCAGGGAAGCGAUAACUUCCUGGUUUCGCCAAACUGGCUGCACGGAAAGGAUCUGGGCAAGGGUGAAGUGGAGUAUCUCAAGUCCGAGGAGGAGAUCUUCUGGAAGCAGUUCAUCAGCUCUUAUCUUUAUCCGAUUGAUAAGGACGAGAAGCGAGAGGCCGAAAUAGCUCGAAGUAUCCUGGAUUUGAGGGACCAGUACGUAUUCAAAUUCUUCAUGAUCAACGCGCUGUUUGUGCUCAUCGUCUUCUUGAUGCAGCUGAACAAGGAUUUGCUACACUUUCAAUGGCCACUCGGAGUGAAGUACAACGUCACCUACGACAGCGAUAAAACUGAAGUAGUCAUUUCCGAAGAAUACCUGCAAUUAGAGCCGAUCGGCUGUCUCUUCAUCAUCGGUUUCAUCAGUGUCUUAUUCAUUCAAUUCGUGGCGAUGUUGUUCCAUCGGUUCGACACCUUCUCUCACAUCAUGGCUAAAGUUUCCUUGGACCUGUACUGCUGCGAUAAGGCGUCGGACUUGUCGGAGGAAGCGACGAUCGAACGUCACGCCGAGAAGAUCAUAAAGCAGCUGCAACGUCAAGUCGACGGGGACACCAAGUCAGACCACAACAGCACGGUACCACCGAGAAAGCGCAUGACGAUUCACCAAACGAUCAAAGGCAACGAUCGCAGACAGCCUUUCGCCAGUAACUUCACCAACGCGCUUGAGAGGAAUCUGGAGGACAAUGGGCAAAACGGCAGCGGAGGCUUCAUAUCGAAGCGGCUGUCCCAAACGGCUCUGCGAGCUCUGCAAAGGCGGCGCACGACGAUCCUGGCCGCCGAGAAGAGGCAGUCGCAGAUGCGAAAACCAGAACCCGACAACAUUUACGCUACCGCCAACAAUCCGGUCAACAACGAGAGGGCGGGAGCAUCGGUACCUCUGGCUCAGCGCAGACCUACCGGAAUACUCGCGAGCUACGAAAAUCCCGCUUUCGAGCACGAGGAGGACGGGAUUAUCGAGGAGAGCGAUCGGAUGUGAUUGUGUGUGCGUGUGCUUGAGACUAUUUUGCGGAUGUUGUGGAUGUUUUAGAGUUGACGUGUUUGCUUGUUCCUUAUUUAUAUAAUAUUUAAGUGGAAUAACUACAGCAUACGAGAAUGUUUUUAUAUAAGAGAGCGUAUUAUAUUAUUUAAGCGUGAAAUUAAUAAAUUUAUUAUAAAAUUGUA